AUGGCUACAAAAGGUGGAAGGAAGAAUCUGAAGAGGGCUGUUAAUGAUGAGACAUUAACUCUACAACCAGGCCAAAGCAUUAUGCAAGUUGUUUCUCUUCGAGGCUCCAAUCUAAUUGAGAUAAUUGAUGCCAAAGGAGACAAAGCUUUGGCGAUUUUCCCAGCUAAAUUUCAGAAAAGCAUGUGGAUAAAACGAGGUAGUUUUGUGGUGGUUGAUGAUAGUGGGAGAGAAGAGGCUGUUGAGUCUGGAAGGAAAGUGGCUUGUGUUGUUCUUCAAGUUCUUUUCCAUGAACAAGUUAGAUCAUUACAAAAGUCUCCAGAAUGGCCAGAAAUCUUUAAAUCAGCCAUAGUGGAGAAAAACCCUUCAACCACACAGGAAAAUGAGGAGCUAGAGUCUAGUGAAGAUGAUGGGAUGCCCCCAUUGGAAGCCAACACAAACAGAAGACCUGUAGAACUUCGUGAAUCUAAGAUUUGUUUUCUUGAAGGAUGUGAAGGAGAUGAUAAUGAUAAACAAGCAGCAGCGACGUUGAUGAACAAACAUGGUUGGGGUGGUGAUGAACAAAUAGGGGCAGCGGUGGCAGGAUGGUCUCAUGGCGAUGACUGGGGAAAUACGAGGGUGGGGUUUGUGGAGGAAGAGCUCGAUUCAGAAGAGAAGUGGAAAAGCGCAAUAAAUAACCAUCACAGACUUGCUCUUCUUUCUCUUGGAUACCUGCAACUCGAGGAAAAAAUGGAAGAGGAGACCGGUAUUUUGAUCUUGAUCUGUAACCGUUCCUCGUCUUUAUUUCUUUUAAUUGACAUAACCAGGGGCGUGAAUGAUUUGAGUUUGUUUGUGUGUUUUGAGUGCAUGUUUGGAUCUCUAUGUGUUUUCUUAGUCUUGGAAUAG